GGAUGGGCGGGCGGCACCGCCCCGGUCCCCGCCGCCCGCCCCAGGAGCCCCGCCGCCGGCCGGGCCCCGGCAGAGCAGCGCCGGCCGCCCCGCAGCUCCCCCGCUCCGGUCCAGGCUCUGUGCAGCUGUAGGAGGAGUUUGCGGUCACCUCCCCCUCUGAGACACUGCAACCAGAUUCCCCCACUGAGCUACCGCCCCAGCCGCCAAGAUGUCCAGCAAACGUGCCAAAGCCAAGACCACCAAGAAGCGCCCCCAGCGCGCCACCUCCAACGUCUUUGCCAUGUUCGACCAGUCGCAGAUCCAGGAGUUCAAGGAAGCCUUCAACAUGAUCGACCAGAACCGCGAUGGCUUCAUUGACAAGGAGGAUCUGCAUGACAUGCUGGCUUCCCUUGGGAAGAACCCCACCGAUGAGUACCUGGAGGGCAUGAUGAGUGAGGCGCCUGGGCCCAUCAACUUCACCAUGUUCCUCACCAUGUUCGGGGAGAAGCUGAAUGGCACUGACCCGGAGGACGUCAUCCGCAACGCCUUCGCCUGCUUCGAUGAGGAGGCGUCAGGCUUCAUUCACGAGGACCAUCUGCGGGAGCUGCUGACCACCAUGGGAGACAGGUUUACUGACGAGGAGGUGGAUGAGAUGUACCGGGAGGCGCCCAUUGACAAGAAGGGCAACUUCAACUAUGUGGAGUUCACCCGCAUCCUGAAGCAUGGGGCCAAGGACAAGGAUGAUUAGAGCCUGGGGCCGGUCACCCCCUCUGCUUCCUCCUGCACAUGCUCCCCACCCCUCGGCCCCCUCUUGCUCUCCCACAGCAGGCUCCCCCCGUGGGAAAUACCUCCCAGGACCAGCACCCCACAUCGGGUCACGCUUGGAGGGGAAGCGCUCCUGUCACUGUGCUGCUGUGUGCCCAUCCAUCAGCCCCAGACCUCCCCUCCCAUCGCCUCUCCCACCCACAGGCUUGCCCUGCUGGGAGCCCCAGCCUUCCUGUGACCCCCUCCCCAGCAGCUGUUGACCCCCUUGAAGCCACCAUGCCGCUGGUCCCUGGGGCCAGGGUGAGCAUCCCAGGUGAGCGCUGGCCUGCAGGCAUUUUGGCUAGCUUGAGCCCAAGCAAUCCCGGUCUAGGGCUGUAGCAGAGAGAGAAAGCAUCUCUCCCCUCUCCUCCCGCACUCCCUUCUUUCAUGAAAGAAAAAACACUGUUUCCUUCCCCCUGGCUGUUUUAUGGCUUUAGAGCCUGUGAUCUGAGAGAUUUGGGAAGCUGAAGUGGCGUACAAAACCUGAUGGGUGUUAUAUAGAGACGUGCCAUGUGUGGCUUCCUUGUGGAUGGGUGCCAUGCUGUGCCGUGCUAUGCUGCCUGCCUGCCUGGUGGGUUUGCAGGGCAGGUUCGGGCACUGCAUCUCCCCACUUCACUGCCAUUGCCAGCCAGGGACUCUUCCAGCAGUGCAGCCUGUUUUCAAAGCCAAAUUGCUCCUAACCCAUGUAAAAUCAGCUUGACCAUAAUUUUCCACCUUUGCUGA